CUGACCCCAUAAAAAAUAGAAGGAAAUUGAGCAGCUAUUUCUUCAAAAUCCAUAGGAAAUUGAGAGGAAAAAGCAUUGCGUUUCGAUUAUCAAAAUUCAAAGGGCUUAUAGCUUUCUUCGUACGUUUCAUACGCAAUUAGCUUCAUUUUCUUCCACUGCACAAUUCAUGUUGAAUCUCUGGGGUAACAAAGGGCAACGGGCUCAGUCAAGUCCUCAAGAAGCUAAUAAUGGUUCACGGUAUUCACCUUCUGUAGUCAGCUCAUCAAGCUCUUCCCUCCCAGCAACCCCUAGUUCAAACUCUUCGGUCAGCUUUAAUGCACAGAGUCCGACAAACAGGCCAAGUUCUGUGUCCCAAGUUUCUCCUGCAGAGGGUGCUGACAUCAUUGCUGCUUUAAGAAACAAGAGUGCUAAUGAGCUAAAGAAGCUUGUUUUUGACAAGGAUGCUCGUCACAACUUCUUACUUUCACUUGAGGCUGUCAAGACUCAGAAUAAUGUCAGGGAUGAGCUUCGCAAUGCAACUGUGCAGCUUGCUAGGGAGAAUUUAGAAAAAGAACCCUGGAUAAUGGAGCUGAGAAAUCAGUGCAGGAUAAUCCGCACAACUGAACUGGCUGCUGCUCAAGAAAAGAUGCAUGAGCUGGAAAGGAGAAAAGAAGAGCUUCUAAAGUCAUAUUCUCCUGUAUCGCUUCUCCAUCAGCUACAAGACGCGAUGAAGAAAACGGAGGAGGAAUCUGAAGCCCUUCUCGGCCAGCUCCUUGGUCAAGAAAUUGAUCUUACAACAUUCGUGCAGAAGUACAAAAAACUGCAAUACAGUUACCACAAGCGUGCCCUCACACAUCUUGCUGCUAAGGCAUCUUUAGGCAACCAUAGUUAACAUCUCUUGAAGACGCGUAAUGUAAAUGUACCAUCAUGAACUACAAUAGUCCCAAUUGUUUCCUUCAUUUUCAUUUUCUUAGGUCUUUUGUAAAAUAUCAAUAUAGAUUGUGGGAGAUGGCGUAAUUCAUUUGAUUUUAUGUUGAUCUUAUAUUACUCGUA